CCUGACCAAGUGGCUGCAGUCUUUGUUUUAAUUAAGCUUUACAAACUUAACUUGAGAAUACAGCACAAAACGGCUGGAUGCUGAAAGCGGAACAAAGUUAACCGCCUUUCAUUGGACUCUGACAUGGUCCAGGUACUGACGGGCUUGAGGUUGCAACUCUACAGUACAAACAUCGAAAGACACGGCAACGCUUUGGUGAAAAAGCUUGAAAUGCACGAAGUGAGGAGAAGCGAGCCUGGAAUUCAGCAGCUCGAGCCGCGAGGAGUUAAACGGUCACUAAAGUUGGAAAAAAGGGCAGAUGAGGCAACACCUUGCAAAAAGAACCACAAGGUUUCCAUUGAAAGAUUUUCCCCAGUCACUGGAACUCAGUGUCUUAGCCCUUUUACCCCCAGGGAUGCACUCUGUGGAGCAAAAUCUGAUGUUGCUGAAUCGAAUGUGGAAAAGUCUAAAGUUUCCACAAAAGGGCAUCUGCAUGCAGCCCAGAAAGAAUUAAAUAUUUUGAGGUCAAAAGUGGAAAAGUCUGUCUUGGUUAUCAAAGCAACCAGAGAAAAGUUGAGUGCUCUGCAGGCUUUAGAGGGGAGAAAAGAGUUUGAAUAUUUCAUUGGUGCCUGGAACAAGUCGGGGGAUCUGACUGCUGAGCUCCAAAGAAACAGGGAACUCAUGGAAAGAAGAAGCAACCAAGCUGCUAAGGUUCAGUAGAACCAAAUAUGUAACUCUUCUAAUACGGUUAGCUUUUCAUUGUCAAUCAAGGCUACAUAGGUGCUUUGAUAAUUUUCCUUUUUGGUAGUCUUCCUUUUGUUAUAUUUAAUGCAACAGUAUAAAUUUCAAAUACAUUGCCUGAAAUUAAUUCUUGAAAGAAACUCUUCCAUUCUUUUUAAUUUCAUUUAAAGCUGAUAUGUUAACUUGAGAUUUAAUCAGUGGUGUAAUAUUAUGUUCCUAUUAAAGCCUGUUCACCUGUACAAGGCGCAAGUUGGGUGUGUGAUGGAAUAUUCUCUUUUGCCUGCUAUCACUUCUGGACAAAGCAGCCUUCUGGAUUGCCAUUCUGCCUACUAUCUUAAACAUUCACUCCCCCAAUUAUCACAGUAACAGGAAUGUGUCCUAUCUACAAGAUGCACUACAUCAACUCACCAAGACUACUUCAAAAACACUUUUCAAACUGCUGGAAUGGACCUGGGCAUCAGAUGUGUGAUGCAAGUUUCCUUCCAGAGCCCUCACCAUCAUGACUUGAAAAUAUGGCACCCAUUCUUCACUGUUGCUAAAUCAAAAUUCUGGAACUCUUUCCUAGCAGCACUAUGGGUGUGUCUACACCACAUACAUUGCAGCAGUUCAAGAAGAAAAGUCACUACCACCUCUUGAAUAAAUUAG